AUGUCCAAGGAUUCAAACUCCAAACUCUAUUGCUUCCCGGUGCAAGAGGACCAGGAUGAAACCUCAGGGUGCAGAGCAUCCACCUCCAGCUGUGCCUCCGGCUGCAGCUCCAUGGCACAGCUGCAUUGGGUGGGAGGCUACAGCCAAGCUGGGCCUGACCUUGGCCUGCCCUCAGAGGGCAGCGACAGCAGUGGUCAGGGUCCUGCUGGCUCGACACACAGCAUGCACAAGAACACGCGCUCUCGCCUUCUCCCCGAGGAGGAUGUGGAAAUGAAGAGCAGCAGAUCCAGUGGAAGUGGGACUGAAUCGCAUGGCAAUGAGAGUCAUGGGAACGAGAGUCAUGAUCAUGACUCAGUGGGCAGCUCCAACAGCAACAGCAAGGACUCGGCACUGCUGGAAUCUUCUGAGAGCAACAAAAGUUCAAACUCCCACAGUCCGUCUCCACCGAGCAGCUCAAACGCCUACAGUCUGCUGAGCUCAGAGCAGGACAACCCUUCGACCAGCGGCUGCAGUAGUGAGGAGUCUGCAAAAGCUAAAAAUCAAAAGGAGGUGAUUAAAACUCUGAAAGAGCUGAAGCUUCACGUGCCAGCUGACAAGAAACACAAGUCCACCACACUGAACACCCUCAAGUAUGCCCUCCGCUGCGUCAAACAGGUUGAAGCCAAUGAGGAGUAUUACCAGCUGCUGAUGAGCAAUGACAGUCAGCUGUCAGGCCUGGACGCUUCUUCUUAUACAAUAGAGGAAAUAGACAGCAUCACUUCUGAAUACACCCUCAGAAACAAUGAUAUUUUUGCAGUAGCCGUAUCUUUGAUCACCGGACGGAUCAUCUACAUUUCCGACCAGGCUGCCUCCAUCCUCAGCUGCAAACGAGAGGUGUUCCACGACUCUAAGUUUGUGGAGUUUCUGAUACCGCAGGAUAUCAGCGUGUUCUACAGCUUCACAACACCUUACCGCCUGCCCUCUUGGAGCAUGUGCACAGGAGCAGAGUCAUCUCCCUCCGACUGCUUGCAGGAAAAGUCCUUUUUCUGUCGUAUCGGCGGUGGUAAAGAGUGUGAGGGUGAGCUGCGGUAUUAUCCUUUCCGUAUGACACCUUACCUGAUGAAGGUCCAAGACACAGCUCAUGCAGAAGACCAGUUCUGCUGCCUCCUGCUGGCUGAAAGAGUUCACUCCGGAUAUGAUGCCCCCAGAAUUCCAACAGACAAACGCGUUUUCACCACCACGCACACGCCGAGCUGUGUGUUUCAGGACGUAGAUGAGAGGGCGGUUCCUCUCCUCGGAUAUCUGCCCCAGGAUCUUAUCGGAACCUCCGUCCUUCUCCACUUGCAUCCCAAUGACCGCCAGGUCAUGCUGGCCAUUCACAGAAAGAUCCUUCAGUUUGCAGGGCAGCCGUUUGACCACUCAUCCAUCCGCUUCUGUGCACAAAACGGAGAAUACAUCAUCCUAGACACCAGCUGGUCCAGUUUUGUGAACCCCUGGAGCCGAAAGGUCUCAUUUGUUAUCGGGAGGCACAAAGUCCGCAUGGGACCUAUGAAUGAAGAUAUUUUCCUGCCCCCCGUCUCAUCUGUUGGCCAAAUGAAGACCAUGGACUCUGACAUCCAGGAGAUAUCUGAGCAGAUCCAUCGGCUCCUGCUACAGCCGGUUCAUAACAGUGGGUCCAGUGGCUACAGUAGCCUGAACAGCAAUGACCACCUGCAGGGAAUGACCUCCUCCAGUGAGAGUCUGAACAAUGGCAACGGGAGCAGCAUGCAGCAGGAAGGAGGGGAGCCGAAGGGCAAAAGCAGGCCUCGAACGUUUCAGGAAAUCUGUAAGGGAAUUCAUCUUCAGAAGAGCCAGGAGCAGAUCAUCAAAUCAGAAAACAAAGAAAGCAGUGUAGCGUCUGUACAGAACAGCCAAGCUGUGGUGCGACCCAAAGACUCAGCCCAUCUAAACUGGAAGGAGACAUCUGUGGAGGAGAGGAGAGCUUCUUCCCAGCAAGAGCUGUCCCUUAACGAUCAGACUGUUUACUCCUACCAGCAAACCAGCUGUCUGGACAGCGUUAUCAGGUACUUGGAAAGCUAUACCGUUCCUGUUAUCAUGAAGAGAAAAUGCCGUUCUUCCUCCAACACCACCUCUUCUAACUCAGAUGAGGACAAACAGAAAGACUCCUUGCAGGUUUCUGAAGAACCAGCCUUAUUGAAGGAUCAGUCUGGUCUCUCUGCUUUGGAUGACGCUGAAAAAAAGUCCGGUGAUGCGCCCAUGGCGGUAGCGGGCACUUCGAUGCCCCUACCUGUUCCAAACAAACCAGAAAGUGUGGUGUCCAUCACCAGCCAGUGUAGCUACAGUAGCACUAAAGUGCAUGUUGGGGACAAGAAACCUCAACCAGAGUCAGAGACCACAGAGGACGUGGCAGGAGCAGCAGAAUCCAUCCAGAACCUCGGCGCUCCUCCUCGAGCUGUUUCACCACCCAGUCAGGAGAGGGAGCCCUACAGGAAGCUGGGUUUGACUAAGGAAGUGUUGGCAGCUCAUACUCAGAAGGAGGAGCAGGCCUUUCUGUAUCGCAUCAAAGAGCUUCGAGGACUCGCCGCCCUCCAAGCGAACUGCUCUCACACUCCGGAUCACCACAGAGACGAGAUCAUCACUGAUGCUGCACGUGCCGCUCCUCCCUGCAAACAGGAAGAGCCGAGCACAGAGCCGAGCACAGAGCCAACCGCGCGCCGAGGAUCCCGGACCAGGAAGACCAAGUCAAAAAGAGCAAAGCUCAGCUCUUCUGCUGCGUCUCAUCACAGACAUCAGCCUCCUCAGUCGAACCACGGACUCCAGCAGACCCUGUGGCCUCCCUCUGAUGCCUCACAGUGCACUUUCCCCGUGCUGUAUCCUGUUGUGCUGCCAGGCUACCCCCUGCAGGCUCACCCCAGAACAGACUCCACGUCUCCCCACGCAGAAGCCACUCCACAAAUUUUUACAGAUAACCAUGGUGCCCAAGCUCCUCCUUGUUCCCCUUCCUUUCUUUCUGCUCCUUACACCUCUCAUAUGGUCACCCCUGUUGUGGCUUUAGUCCUCCCCAAUUAUUUAUAUCCUCUAAUGGGCCCCGGACAUCCACCACCACCAUCAGUGCCAGUUGAUCAGGUAGAGACAGGGGGCAACCCCACCCAAAUGCAGACUUUUGAUCCAGGACAAGGCACUUUCAUGUCUCCGCCUGCCUUUAGUGGUCCGAGUCCGUUCAACACUCAGAACUAUUUAACUCCUCUAACAAGCUGCCUGUCUCCACCAUUCUGCUUCCCGGCUCCACCUGAAACCCCGAAGCCCCAGUUGGAGAGCCUCUCUCGCUCCUCCACGCCACAGUCCAGUGAAAGUGGAGGCCAGACGUCCCCACCCUUGUUUCACUCUCGCUGCAGCUCACCCCUCAAUCUGCUGGAGCUCGAGCUGUCUGUGGACAGACAGGACAACCUGGCGCUCUCUUCAGGAGGACAAGGACAUAGCAUGGCUGAGAGGGAGAAAGGAGCAAGUGGCGUCCAGGCCAAGGAAAGAGAACUUAAACAGCCCUCUCUCAGUCUCCUUGGUCCACCAGGACCCUUGUAUUUCGAGCCCACAUCGUUUGUCUGUGAGGGUUUGUCUUGGGAUAAAGUGUGGGCUAGGCUGGUGGCUUGCAGCAAAGAGAGGAGUUCACACGAUGAAACCAACAACAGCGACGCCAACUCUACAUCCAGCGACAUGUUGGACAUCCUUCUUCAAGAGGACUCCUGUUCGGGCACUGGCUCAGCCACCUCUGGGUCCAUGGGCUCGGGGUCCAAUGGCUGUGGGACUUCGGCCAGCGGGAUGUCUAAGAGCAGGACGUCAGCUAGUCCAGCAUCAGGCAGCUUUGCAGGAAGCAACAACAGCAGUAAAUACUUCGGCAGCGUGGACUCGUCACAGAGCAGCCAGAAGGUCAAAGGUCACCUGAGAGGCGGCGAGGGAGGGUCCGAGGAGACGGAGCAGAGUGGACGGGUCAUAAAGUGUGUGCUGCAGGACUCGAUGUGGCUGCUCACGGCCAAGGCCGAUGAGAAGGUCAUGAUGACCUACGAGCUGCCAUCGCGUGACAUCCAGAGCGUGCUCAGAGAGGACAGUGAGAAGAUGCUUCUGCUGCAGCACUGCCAGCCUCGCUUUUCAGAAGUCCAGAAGAAGGAGCUGAGCGAGGUGCACCCCUGGAUCAAACUGGGGGGGCUACCCAAAGCCAUGGAUGUCCAGGGAUGCUCCUGGUGUGACAGCACCUUAGAGACAGCAGGAGGAGGAGCAGAGGAUCAGCCUGACUUGGACCUCAGUGAUGCAGAGACAGGAGAAAGAAGAGACAGAGAGGAAACUCUGCUCUCAUCUCCUGCCACGGUUCUUGUCUAAGCUUCAGCAGCCAAUAGGA